AGUGAUUGAAUUGAGCAAAUUCAAAGCUGAACACAGGACUCGGGGCACGUACGUGGAGAAAUAAACGCUUGGCGACGACCUGAAGCAAAGUCGGAGCGGUGAUUUGGUUUGUCAUAUUUAAGAUAUACACUUUAUCACCUGACUACGAUACUGAACUGUGCGAGGAAGUAUGAACGUGGACAUCGAGGGGAUAAUCCAGUGCAUCAAGCAGGGAGAUGAGAAUGGUGUUCAGAUAAGGCUGCAGGAGUUCAACAAAGAGUAUGCCCAGUGCUUCUUCUUUGACACAGACGAGAGGGAAAGACGGAGAAAUUUAGGUGUUGUCCUUGUGAGGUUCAUAAGGACGGAAGUCAAAUGUCACCUGUUGAGAGUAUGCCUACGCACCCUGAGGAUCCUGUCCCGGGACCAAAAAGUCUUGGGGCCUUUGGUGACCGACAGCGCUCUCCUGACUCUGGCCAAACUAGCCGGGCUGACCACAAGUGACAUCAGUGACGAAGUCAGCGACCCCGACUCUGAUUUCUACGAUAACAUCAUUUCCUCUCUCACCGAAACCAAAGUGCUGCAGGGUCACACUAAUGAGGAUGAAGCUGAAGCUGAAGCUGAAGCUGAAACUAACGACCAAAACGACGAGCCGCCGGCCUUCGACGAGGAUGCCAAAAGUGACAUCAGCAUCACCAACAGUGGCGAUUUGGACAGCAUCAGCUGGUUUGGGAGCCACAGGACGAGCAUCAACGAACUGCACAGAGGUGGGACGCAUCACAGGGUCCUGGAGCGAGGGAGGAGGGACCGCAGGGAGAGCAAGAUGGAUGUGGAGGAAGAGGUGGAGGAGGUGGAGUCCGGAGAGGAGGCAAAGAGAAAAGAGGCCAUGAAGGUGUUGUGUAACGUGGUGUACAACAGCGCCUGGGCACAGGAAAGGUUCAGUGCUCUCAGGCUCAUGUGUGGUCUCAUAGAGCGCGUAUCCUCCAGUGUCAGCUGGUCGAAUCCCUCUAGUGCUCAGUUUUAUGAACUGCGCUUCAUGUUCCUGAUGACUGCACUCCGGCCAGAGCUCAGCACCCAGCUUAAACAGGAGGGAGGGGUUUCCAUCCUCACAGCAGCCUUGGAGAGCUGCCUGGAGGUGCAGUGGAAGGACCAAUAUGAGUGCGUCUUGGACCCACAGGCACAGCCCAUCUCUCUGGAAACCUCUCAGCGCGUCACAGAGAUCCUCAAAAUUCUCUUCAAUAUCACGCACAGCACCCACAAGCAGGACCCAAGUGAGGAUGAUGCGGCUCUGUACCGACACCUGGUGGCGAUCCUGCGCCUCUGUCUGAUGAGGAAGUGUCUCCUGUCAGAAGACACAGAUGAACUGCAGGGUCACACAGUGAACCUGUUGUCAGCGCUUCCUCUGCAGUGUCUCGAUGUGUUGCUGACGGUGCCCCUGGAGCCAGAUUCAGAGCAGUGCGAGGGGGUCAACAUGGACUGCGUCCACACCCUGCUGAUGUUCAUGGAGAGACGCCUGGAGGCGGGAGAUAAGAUCAAAGAGAAGCUGACACCAAUCCUCAAUCUGCUGACGGAGAGCUGCAGGGCUCACAGAGAAACACGGCACUACAUCAGAAAAUAUAUCCUGCCUCCUCUGAGAGACGUAUCACAGAGGCCAGAGGAAGGCACCACAGUGAAGAGCCGUCUGAUUCGUCUUAUGACUCAUCUGGACACAGACCUCAAACAUUGUGCCGCUGACCUCAUCUUUGUCCUCUGCAAGGAAAAUGUGAGGCGUUUUGUGAAGUAUACGGGUUACGGUAACGCAGCAGGUCUGCUGGCCACCAGGGGGCUCCUGGGAGGUCAGGGGCCCAGGACCUCUGAUACCCAGUACUCCAGCGACUCUGAUUCAGACACCGAGGAGUACCGGCAGGUCAGAGACCGCAUCAACCCGGUGACGGGGCGGGUGGAGGCAGUGCAGCCAGACCCUAUGGAGGGCAUGACAGAGGAGGAGAAGGAGGAGGAGGCCAAGAGGCUGAUCAUGCUCUUCAACAAGCUGUCCAGGUAA